AUGUCGGACUACGAAGAGGAGGAAGAGAAGUGGGUGCAGUGGUUCUGCAGUCUAUCAGGCAACGAGUCCUUCUGCGAGGUGGCGCAGAGUUACAUCGAGGACUCGUUCAACCUCUACGGUCUGCGCGCUAUGGUGCCCAAUUACCAAGACGCACUGAACAUCAUUCUCGAUCUCACGGACAUCCCCUAUGACGAUGACGUGCCGGCGUAUGCAGCAGAGCUGUACGGGCUUAUCCACGCUCGAUAUAUUAUAACGGCUCAUGGGUUGGAUGCUAUGAUGAAAAAGUACCGGGAAGGUGACUUUGGGCUGUGUCCAAGGGCACUGUGCGACGGUCAGCCAGUCGUACCGGCGGGUCUUCAUGACGAGUGGAAGAAAUCAGAGGUGAAGGUGUAUUGUCCCAAGUGUCAAGACGUGUACGCUCCAGCCAGUGAAUACCAGACUCCAACUAUCGACGGAGCGUAUUUCGGUACGACGUUCCCGCACUUGUUUUUUCUGACUUACAAGGAGCUGGAGCCGGCGCCGUCGACAUUGUUGUAUGUACCGCGGGUGUUCGGAUACAAGAUUCACAACAAAUCCGAAAACCGCCGACGCCUCGCUAUCCUCGCAAAAGAGGGCGCGGAUGAAGAGAAGACCCAACAGCAGCGACGGACUCUUACAGGAGCUAGACGGAAGGGUGAAGCCAGUUCGACAGCGGAUGCGUCAUCAUCGCGAGUGAAGAAGCGAACAAAGCAGGAAGCUUGA